UAAAAAGGGAACAGUGGCUGGGCCGUGCACCACAUUCUCUCUCCUCUUCAUCCCAGGCAGGCAGACUCCCUCUCAGCAGCCAUGUCCUUCUCCAGAUCUAGCAUGUCCUACAGCAGCAGCGGUGGUGGAGGUGGCACCAUGUCCAUGAGGUCUGGAGGUGGAGGUGGAAUGGGUAUGGGUAUGGGCUCCUCCCGCUUCUUCUCGAUGGGUGGUGGUGGUGGUGGUGGAGGAGGCCGCGUCACUGCCAUGAGGGCCGGCAGUGUGUAUGGAGGUGCAGGAGGCUCUGGGGUGCGCAUCUCUAGCUCCUCGUUUGGUUCCGGCGGCGGAGGUGGUGGUGGCGGUUAUGGGUUCGGAAUGGGAGGGGGUGGCGGCGGAGGCAGCGGUUUCGGCAUGGGAGGGGGUGGUGGUGGCGCCGGUGGAGCCGACCUCCAUGUGUCAGCCAACGAGAAGGCCACAAUGCAGAACCUGAACGACCGCCUGUCAAACUACUUGGAGAAGGUGCGCUCUCUGGAGGCGGCCAACGCUGAGCUGGAGCUGAAGAUCCGUCAGUUCAUGGAGAGUAAGUCGUCUCCCAGCGCUCGCGACUACUCUCGCUUCCACGCUACUAUCGCCGACCUGCAGGACAAGAUCCAGGCUGCCACUUGCUUGAAUGGAGGCAUCUAUCUGAACAUUGACAACGCAAAGCUCGCUGCAGAUGACUUCAGAACCAAGUAUGAGAACGAGCUGGCCAUGCGUCAGUCGGUGGAGGCGGACAUUGCCGGGCUGAAGAGGAUGCUGGAUGAGAUGACCAUGGCCAGAUCUGACCUGGAGAUGCAGAUCGAGGGGCUGAAGGAGGAGCUCAUCUAUCUCAAGAAGAACCAUGAGGAGGAGCUGCUGGCCAUGAGGUCGCAGAUGACUGGACAGAUCAACGUGGAGGUGGACGCAGCACCACAGGAGGACCUGUCCAGAGUCAUGGCUGAGAUCCGUGAGCAGUACGAGUCCGUUAGUGCCAAGAACCAGCGCGACCUGGAGGCCUGGUUCCAGACCAAGACGGAGACGUUGAACAAGGAGGUGGCGUCCAGCACAGAGGUUCUCCAGACCUCAAAGUCAGAGAUCUCAGAGAUCCGUCGCACACUUCAGGGCCUGGAAAUCGAACUGCAGUCACAGCUCAGCAUGAAAGGCUCCCUAGAGAACACGCUGGCGGAGACGGAGGGCCGUUACUCCAUGCAGCUGGGACGCCUCCAGAACCAAGUGACCGGUCUGGAAGAGCAGCUAGUGUCUCUCCGCAGCGACAUGGAACGCCAGGGCCAGGAGUACAAGAUGCUGCUGGACAUCAAGACACGCCUGGAGAUGGAGAUCGCUGAGUACAGGAGGCUGCUGGACGGAGAGGCUAGCGGCCUCGGCCUCAGCUCCUCGAAAUCUGUCCACAGCUCCUCCAGCUCCCACAUCAGCUCCUCCAGCUCUGGCCCCGGCUCCUCCACCAAAGGCAAGGUGGUGAUCAUCACAGAGGAAAUUGUGGACGGCAAGGUUGUUUCCUCAAGUGGAACCAAACACACCACAUAA